AUGCCAAAAGUUCAUUCUCGUCAUGAAAUUCGAAAAUUUUUUCAUGGUAAUAUUGAUAAAACAUUAAUCAUUUGUGAUUUUUGUGAACAAUCGUAUAAAUCAAAUACUUCAGUUUCAAAUCUUAAACGUCAUUUUUUAAAAUAUCAUAAAAAUGAAUAUCAAUCGAUUUUACAACGAUAUCUUGAGAAGAAACAAAAUGCAUUACAUAAGAAGGAUUUGAUUGAUCUUGGAAAUAUUCGAGAAUCAGUUAAUUUACGAAAUGUUCAA